AAUGAAUUUUUAAUCUCCUCUUGCAAGAAAUUUAUUCAGUACUCCUGAAAAAUAGUAAAUGGAACCAGAAUUGUGUAAGAAAGUAAUUAUUGAUGAACAAAUACAAUAAUUCAAUAAUUCAGGAAAAAAAUAAUUCAAAUUCUAGAUUAUGUAGUGCUAUAUCAAUUAAUAAUUAGUCCUAUUAAGACUUAAACACCAAUCAAAUAAAAACAUCAUCAUUCACAUAUUACUCCAAGUACUUCUGAAAAUGAUUGUAUCGGAACUACUUUAGUUCAAAGAUUUUAAAAUCAAAUGACAUUAGAUUAAAUCUAAUAAAGUCCUCCUAGCACUCCAAAAAACAAAGGAACAAAAUCACAUAAAGAAUUAACUGCUUAAAAAUAGGGUACUGCCACUCCAAAAAAAAAGAAAGUAAUCAAAUAUUUUAACUGAAAAGAGUGCAAUAAAAAGUAUUUAGACAAGUGCAUGGGCUAUGGAUAUUGAAGAUUAAUCAGAAGAAGAGAGUCCUACAUUUGAAAGAUCUAGAUAUUAUAAUGAAUAUACUUAAUUAGCAGUAAUAGGUAAUGGAAAUUUUGGUACUGUAUAUAAAUGCAGAAAUAAUAUUGAUAAACAAAUUUAUGCAAUUAAAUGUGUUAAACUUCAAGGAUGUGGUAAAUCAUAUGAUGCAGCUGAAUCUCUUAAUGAAGCAUAAGCACUUGCCUAUUUGACAGCUAAAGGUAGAUGUAAAAAUAUAAUACGAUAUUAUACUGCUUGGAAUGAAAGAUGUUAUUAUUAUUUAUGUAUGGAAUAUUGUGAUUAUAAUGUGACUUCUCUCUAAGUAAUAUUAUAUUAUUAUUAUUCAUUAGGAAUUAAGAAAAGAAUCAAAUUAAAAACUUGAAGAAUUUGAAGUAAAAAAGAUAUUGAAGGAUAUUUUAUAAGGUUUAAAAUUCCUACAUGAAUAAUCUAUAACACAUUUUGAUGUUAAACCUGAUAAUAUUUUAUAUAGCAAAACUGAAGGCUGUUAUAAAUUAGCUGAUUUAGGUUUAUCUAGAUUGACUUAAUUAAAAAAAGGAGAAGAUAUUAAUGAAGGAGAUUCUCGAUAUUUAGCUCCUGAAAUUCUAUCAAAUGUAAAUAAUAUUUUAGAAUUUUAGCUUACGACUUAAUCUGAUUUAAGUAAAUCAGAUAUUUUCUCACUUGGUGCUUCGAUUUAUGAAAUUAUGAUUGGGGAAACUCUUCCUACCUGUGGAGAAAGAUGGUUGAAAUUGAGAUAAGGAUUGACUGUAAAUGAUUUUGGAUCUGGUAUUUAUUAUAAUAUAUAUAUUAAUUAGAUUUCUAUUCUAUUAAAUUAAGAAGAUUAAUUUGUAGAAUGAUGAAUCCUAAUUCAAUUUUCAGAUUAAGUGCAAAGGCUUCUUUAGAAGAUCCUUAUUUAUAUAUUCCUAAAGAAAAUUUCAUUAAGUGGGAAAAACUUAGAGGAUUUUAAUUAAGACAAUAAUUAGAUGUAAUUAAAAUUAUGGAAACUAAAAAAAGAUAAAUGAGUGUUUGA